AUGAAGGGAACUGCGCUGACCUUCGAGCUGGAUCAAUGCUUGAGGAUGGAAUGGAACGCGUCUGAGUGGAACCAGAGGGUGUACGGGCUGGGAGGAGGAGAUGGGUUUGCCUUUGUGCUGCAGAGCAACGGAAGCUCGUCGGUGGGAGAGAGUGGAGACCAGCUGGGCUACGGUGGGAUCCCUGACUCUCUUGCCAUCGAGUUCGACACGUUUGCCAACCGAGACAUCGGGGACAUCAACGACCUGCACACCUGCCUCGCGUCCUACGGCUCUCUUCGUAAUACAGGUCGCCUCCUCCAGGAUGGGGAGGUACAUCAGGUGAUGAUCGUCUACACCCCGGGGGUUCAGUUCAAUCCCCAAAGCCAGCAGCAGUGGAGUUCCAAGCGCUACCUGAACCAGUUCAUCAAGGCAGACGGUGCUGGGACGCUCCGGGUGUUCAUCGACGACAUGAGUAGCGCCAUCCUCAACAUGCCGCUGAGCUUGAAGUACGCGAUGAAGUUGAACCAAGGAGCAGCGUUCGUCGGCUUCACCGCUGCGACUGGCAGCAUGUGGCAGAGUCAUGACAUACUCGAGUGGGAGUUCCGACAGUAUUCGGCUGACCCAAGUCUAGAGUGCAAGGCCUUGACAUCCACCCUCAUUACCAGCGCCUACGAUCAGUGCGUGCAGGAGAAGAGCUGGGCAACUUUCAACGGCCAGCCACUGACCGGCUCCCCUUUCUUCGAGGCUGGCACGGGACCCUGGGUGCCGUCAAGGACCUCAGUAUGCAAGACUUGCCCAUAAGACGAGAAGUGACGGAUGUUGCGCCUGUUGGCGAGGGGGAGGAGGGGGAAGGAGCCAAGAUGAGGCUCAGUUUAUGUUGAAUUUCAUUAAAAUGUCUGUGUGGUC